AUGUGGUUCCAGCCUGGCGAAGAUGAGUCAUGGAGCAUUCCUGGAGGGCCGUACUACACCGAUGUGACGUCUCUUGUAACGUCUGCUGUCGAUCAGCUUAGUCAUGACGAGCUGUUGAAGAUGGAUGGGUUCUCGCUGGUGGAAGCGAUGAGUGCCAUUGAAAUCAUGGACUCCCGGUUGGAUAGUGGCCUUGCGAAGUCUCCAGAAGCAGUCUCACCUACACCUUUUGACCCUUUCGUUGCACUUACUUCGGAGGAACUAUGCUGGCUUAUUGAUAGGACAUUCGCUGCUGAGAUGACUUGGCAUCAAGGUCGAGCGCUCUCUCAGACAAUUUAUACGAUUCUAUAUGUCCAUUACCUGCAAGAUUUGGAGCCUCUCAGGUGGUAUCGUCACCAGCCUGUCCCUCCUAGCCCUGCCCACCCAGGCAGCUUAAUGGUCCAAGUUCUGAAUUCAGACACGUUUAUGAGGUCCGAUACGUCUCCCUGGGAUGCUAGUCGAAUUCUAAGCUUUGACUGUGUGGUGUCAUUGAAGAACGAAGACGUGAUGACUGAGAAGUCAGAUGUCUCACUGUGCGAGUCAACUCAAACAGCCCGGGUGGUAGAGUCUCUUGAAUCUGCUGAAAAUUGGCUUCUUCGCCAGUCCAACCUCCCUGGUCCCGAAUCUUGCCCUCCGGGUGCGAUUACGAAAGUAUCUCGUUCUUGUAUUUUCGCAACGCCCACUGUCAGAUACUACCACUUGGGCAAAAUUCAUAUCACUCAGCAAGGAAACUUUAUCCAAGAUCAGAGAACAAGAUCCCCCUCCACUCCCGGAACUGUCUUCUAUGGCACGGGCAGCCAUGAUCCUGCAGUUUGCCGGAAGCUGAUAAAUCACAUUCCGCUUCCUGUGAUAAGUCUCUUUGACCAGGACAUAACAUGGCAAUCGUUGAACGAUACUCUUCUCGGACUUGAAGACCUUUGUUCCCUGGAAACCCCUGGAUGUCUGGCCGUGCCUUCUCAGACUAUUUUGAGCGUGAAGUCUACCUAUUCCCCCUCAUUUAGGCGAAGUGCAUACGUUCGUUCAAGAACCACGUCCACCUUCGGCAGUAGUAACACCCUCAUACUUAACAAGCAUAAAGGGCACUGGCUCCUUUCGGAUUCUCUCUUCCAGAUUGCUGGUAUUCCACCUUCUUUUAUCGAGACUUUAUACGUUCACGGUGACCAUCUGGUCUUGAGAGCCUGGUACGAGUUCGAAACAAAGGCUGUCGAGGAUACAUCCUUGGAGUCUAUCUAUCUCUACUUCAAGCAUCUUUCAAAUAAUCGCCCGAGACAACGGCGACAAUUUUCGAAGAAUCUAGGAAAGUGGGAUGCUCUCCAUGAUAUGGCUCUUGCUCUCUCAGAGCCCUUUGAACAAUUAGCUGAGCAAAAGGGUAGCUUGGAAAGGAUGGCCCUGGUUUUCCUGCAUUUGAAGCUCGUGCAGAUUAUAGAAAUUCUUUUCUCAGGCUUCGAAAUUGAACUAUAUCGGCCGGAUGAAGUUCCAUUCAUUUAUUGGUAUCUCGAGAAGGUCCUUUCACGACAAAGAGGGGUUCUCUCGGCUCUCUUCAAAGGGAUGAGGGAAUCAGGUGGGAUUCUUAUUUGGUCUACCUUUUCAGGAUUCCUACUGAUUGAUGACAAAGGCGGAGAUGCCGCAUCAGAUUACCUCCAAUCUCAGGCUCUCUAUUGCGAUGCGCUCCAGAGCAUGUGCCAUGCGGCAUUUAUGCGACUCGCCGGCGCCGAAACGGUGCGUGGAGGGAAGAUCUCCCCCAACCUUCAGCAACUCGUACAUCGCAGACUGGAGUGGUCGUCCACUCCAAGAGAUCCAAAACCGUUACACGGCGAUUUGGACGCACCCUCUCCUGACUUAGAAGCCUUUAUGGUGGAAGUAAUGGAAAUUCAGGAGACCGGAACGUCUUUGUCCGCCCAGGAAGAAUCAUGGGCGAAUGCAAUAUCAGCAUUGGACGGAUUACUAGCAUGCGACCCAGAAAUGACAUUCCCCACUUUCUCUCGUGGCGUAGACAUGCAAGAAUUGGCUUUCAGUCCGCCUCACUCCAGCCGACGACUCGCCACCCCCUAG